AUGGAUCUAAAUGAACAUUAUAAGAUAAGAGGAUCAGUAUAUAGGGCCAAAAUCAAUGGUCGGGUCUUGGCAAUGAAGAAAACCAAGGAUGACGUCACAGAAGAACUAAAGAUUUUGCAGAAAGUCAGUCAUGCAAAUCUGGUUAAACUAAUGGGGAUGUCAUCUGGAUUUGACAGAGAAGGAAAUCGCUUCUUGGUCUAUGAAUUUGCAGAAAAUGGGUCGCUGGAAAAGUGGUUGCAUCCCACCUCUGAAUCUUCCUCAAGCUCUGCAGGUUUCCUCACUUUGAAUCAUAGCCCUAUAGCAAUGCAAAGCAGACUUCCCCCCGUUUCCAGAGUGGGGCAGAGAAUUUCUUUUAGCAACAUGAUUGAGAGAUGCUUGAAGUCAUAA